AUGACGACACAGGAAAUCAAGAGCCCUCGGGGCAAUGGACCUUUUAAGGUGGUCAUUGUCGGCGGCUCUAUCGCUGGUUUAACUCUCGCCCACUGUCUGGAUCGUGCUGGAAUCGAUUAUGUUAUCUUAGAGCGACGCAAAGAUGUUGCUCCACAAGAGGGGGCUUCUAUUGGAAUUAUGCCUAAUGGCGCUCGCAUCUUGGAACAGCUAGGGCUCUACUCAGAAUUGGAGGCUGCUGUCCACCCGCUUGAAACCGCCCACAUAACGUAUCCUGACGGAUUUUGUUAUCAAAGUUAUUUUCCUACUCUUAUCUCUGAACGAUUCGGUUUUCCUCUAGCUUUCCUCGAUCGGCAAAAAGUUCUCGAACACUUGAGCGGUUCUCUUGCAGACGCGAGCCGGCUCCACUGCAGCAAGACAGUACAUCGCGUCGAGCAACGCGAGAACAAUAUCCGAGUGCACACUACAGACGGAGCCUACUUUGACGGCGAUCUUGUCGUGGGUGCAGAUGGCGUCCACAGCACAAUUCGAACCGAGAUGCUGCGCCUGGCAGAGAAACGCAAGACAUUGGCACAGUCGCUCAGUUCCAUCACGGUAGAAUACGGCUGCAUAUUCGGCAUAUCUAAACCCCAUCCAAAUCUCAAAGCAGGACAACAAAUAUCCUGCUACAACGAUGGCUGGAGCAUCCUGAGUGUCAUCGGCAAGAACGGCCAUAUCUACUGGUUCUUGUUCUUCCGUCUCGACCAACGCUAUAGCUAUAGCGACGCCCCGCGCUUCUCCUCCUCCGAAGGUGCUAAGCAGUGUGAAACUUUUGCUAGCGAGCCAUACUGGCAGCAGAUAACCUUCGGCGAGGUGUGGGAGCGAAGAGAAACGUUCAAUACAACUGUUCUGGAUGAAUAUGUGCUUUCGAGAUGGCACUGGGGCAGGAUUGUUUGUCUGGGCGAUAGUGUGCAUAAAAUCGCUCCGCAUACGGGACAGGGCGCUAACUGUGCUAUGGAGGACGCCGCUGCUCUCUGUAACAUCUUGCAGCCGUUCGCUAAAUCUGGGCCUCCUUCUCAGGUUCAUCUCGAUGGCCUACUACGGGCGUUUGUGAGCGAUCGUCGACGUCGAAUGGAACAGAUAGCGAAUAUUUCUCGGAUUUCCAUGAGGAUCCAGGCUCGUGAGGGCCUCGUGAAGCUGAUUGUGGGUCGGUAUAUAUUUCCAUACGCUGGUGAUAUCCCAGCCAAUAAGGCUUCUCAUGGAAUUGCUGAUGCCCCGAUGUUGGCGUUCCUGCCGGCCCCUCAACGAUCUGGGACCGGCUGGAAUGAGUUUGGGAGCAAAACGAACGGGCGCAAGGGUAUCCUCAUCACUGUGCUCAUGCUAGUAUUUGGGGUCCUGCUAUGCCUCAAGAUAAGGUAG